AUCUCCACACCCAAGCACACAUCAAGAUGUCCUCACGCAGUCGACAAUCGCGCGUUGGAGCUACUCCCAGAAAUAGCCGCCAUUCCGUCGCAAUGACACCUGUUCGAGCCAUUCAAGAUGCGCUGCCGCCCUACAAGAAGCCUUCACACCCACUAGAUGGGGAGGCACAACGCGCACUCCGAGAAUUGAACGGUUCUACCCUCGCAGCAGUGAAGAAGCACAACACUGCUGCAAUCACCCAGAUUCGGAGCACAGCUGAAGGCGUCAAUGAUAUGCUGAGCGAGCACCAACGCUAUGUCGAUGCUCGGAGCAAGAAGUGGGAUGCCGGCAAGAAGCUCGAUGAGAAGGAAGACGAGGAAAUGAUAAUGGUAGAUCUCCAGCAGAAGGUCGACGAGGCAACAGCGAAGUUAGAAGAGAGCAUGCGUGCAAUAAUCGACUCCAGCGUCGCAGCCCAACGCAUCGAGGACGCCUUGGAGUGGCUGCGUCAACACGCUCCUAGGCAGCUCGAGGAAGAGUACGAAUCGCAAAUGACCCAGCGCCAAACCCAACGACGCCAGACACAACGCGCCGAAGGCAGCGACGCAGGCUCAGACAUCGACGUGCAAAUGGACGAGGGCCCAACACCCGGCCCCACGCCCCUCGACGGCUCCCACGUAGCCCUCACCGGUUCUGUAGAAAUGUUCACAGACCGCAUGGAGCGCGAAAAGAACGCGUACACCUCGAUAUCCUUCACCGCGCGCUACGCCAAGCACAACGAUUACCGGGACUUCAAGCGCGUCGUCCACGACGCUCGGCACGGCGACAACGGGCCCGUUCUCGGUCACGAAGAUACAUGGUUCACCUCAGCCGGGGAGCCGCAGCUGGGCGUCACGCAGACACGGGGCGGUGCAUAUGACGAUGAUGAAGAUGAUCUUGUCAUGGAUAAAGCGACGAUUAGCACAAAGUGUCCGAUUACGUUUCAGCAGUUCAAGGAGCCGUAUUCGAGUAACAAGUGCCCGCAUACGUUUGAGAAGAAUGCAAUUUUGGGCAUGAUUAGGACGAGUGGGAGUCACUUUGGGAGGGGAGGGGCGAGGAGUGUGGCUUGUCCUAUUCCAGGCUGUGAUCAGGUAGAUUCAUCCGCAGAAGACCUGCGCUCCGACCCAAUCCUUGUCAGGAAGAUCAAGCGCAUGCAGCGCGCCGAGCUCGAAGAAUCGCAAAUGGACUCAGACGGCGAUGAGGACGACGAAGACGACGUACAAGCACCCCAAAGUUCCCAGCCCAACAGAAGUGGCUCGAGGGUGCAGGUAUCAAGCACACAGCAGCCGUCCCAGAGCUCGAUUAUCGAAGUUCUGGGGGAUCCCAGUGAUGAGGACGACGAGGACAAGUAAGGAAGGGUUAGUGAACACGUGGGGAAAGAUAGAGAAUUGAUACCCAUCUUGGCGUCGUUGAUACCCAUUUCGGCGUUGAGGAUUGAGUUUCCAAUCGAAUCA